GCUUUCUUUCUUCUUCCUUCCUUCCCUUUCUUUCUUUUUCUUUUCCUCACGCCGACGCCGUGAUGUCUUCGGCUUCGUUUGGUAGCCCGUCCGCGAAGCACCGUCACCACCCAAACGCCAGCUCCCCAAACACCCCUGCCGUCCAUGGCGGUAUUGGAAGUCCCAACCACGCACUCCUGACGCGCAACGAUGGGGGUGGUGGUAGCAAUACCAGCCACGCCUCACCGUUCCAGCGUCACCACAAUCUUUCUCAUGGUGUUUAGUUUACCCUUCCCUCCACCCCCAUCCCACCCCAACCCAACUCAACCCACCCCAACUCAACCCCGUCCCUUCCCGCUACACAAACUACGCUCGCGCGACUGCGCUACAUGAUGCUAACGAAAGAUAUCGCAACACAGAAGCUUCAUCCCCACAACAACAACUACUACAGCAACAACAGCAACAACGCGCAUUACCGUCUCGCCAUGCGGAAAUCGGGGCAUCUGCAACCUCCGUUUGAUCCGAUCCCUCGCUCCUCGGCCGGCAACAAUAGCACUCCCACCUCCGCCGCCGUUGCAGGCUCGACGAAAUUCGGACAUCGCGCUUCGGCCUCGCCGUCAAUUGCUUCCUUAAUCAAUGCUGACCCGCCGGCCAAGAAGCCUAGGACGUCUGGUGCCCAGCCCACAUCUAAUUUCGUCGAGGAUCCGAACGGCAACAAUAGUAGUACUAGCAGUACCAACAACAACAAGAGGCUCAAGAAGGAAGGGACCGAAAAUUCGCCCAUGUUGAAGGCGGCCACUACGACUAAUACUACUACGAAUAAUAAUACUUCCACGGCCAACAGUUCGAAGGCUCCUUCUCCGAAGCCGGCUCGUCAGGCGGGAUCGGGGGGUGGACUGCUUGGAAACGCUCUGCCGGGCAUGGGUGGAGGAAACCAGGAUGACGAGUUUCGUGUACCGAACAUCUACCUAAAUUUCCCACUCGAGGGAGAAACGAAUAGGUACAUCGACUUUGCCAAAUUGGCGGAGGAGAAGUACGGAUGGGCGGCAUUGAACCCGAGGCUUGCCAAGGCGAAAAUGAUGAUGGACAGUGGAGAUGAAAUGGCGGUGGAUGGGUCCGAGUCUGAGUCGAACGUGGAGAUGGGAGGAACCGGAGAAGCUGCCAGUGAGAGCUCCAAGCAGCGCAAAAAGAGGAGAUAUCAGGACAUCUACGACAAGGAGGAUCCCUUCAUUGACGACUCGGAGAUGAUGUGGGAGGAGCAGGCUGCUUCUUCCAAGGAUGGCUUUUUCGUGUACAGCGGCCCGUUGGUUCCCGAGGGAGAGAAGCCUCUGAUCGAGAGGGCCGAUGGUACCGUCAAGAGAGGUAGAGGUCGCGGCCGUGGUGGCCGCGGCGGCGGUACUGCGACGACUCGAGCUCCCGCGACUACCGCGCGUAAGCCGAGGAUCACCAAGAAGGAGAAGGAAAAGCUGGAGAAGGAAAAGGAGGAACGAGAGAGGUAUGCCCUUGCUGUUGCACAGUCCAAAGAUGUUCAUCCCCAUUAG